AUGGAACUCUCUCUGUUCCACCAGCAGCACCAUCCUAUGAUUCUCAAUUGCCCCAUGACCAUAACAAGAAUACACAGAAGACUGAACAAGAAAAAUUCAAAUAGGUUACCAUGCCACUGCUCAUGUUCUUCCACAAAUAAAACUGCAGCAGAACCAGUUAAAGUGUCUUUAAGUGUUGAAGGAAGGAGGGCAUUACUCAGUUGUAUUCUCACAACUGUCGCUGGAAUCUACGCAUGUGAUGUUGCUGGAGCUGUUAGCACAAGUAGAAGAGCUCUAAGAGGAGCAAAAAUUCCUGAAAGUGAUUAUACAACCUUGCCCAAUGGUUUGAAGUACUAUGAUUUGAAGGUCGGGAGUGGAGCUGAGGCUAAAAAGGGAUCCCGUGUUGCAAUUCACUAUGUCGCCAAAUGGAAGGGUAUCACCUUUAUGACUAGUAGACAAGGAAUGGGAGUUGGAGGAGGAACGCCCUAUGGAUUUGAUGUUGGCCAAUCUGAGAGGGGAACAGUCCUUAAAGGGUUGGAUUUCGGAGUGCAGGGCAUGCGAGUAGGAGGCCAGCGACUGUUGAUUGUUCCUCCUGAACUUGCCUAUGGAAGCAAGGGAGUUCAAGAAAUUCCUCCCAAUUCAACAAUAGAGUUGGACAUUGAACUGCUUUCUAUCAAACAAAGUCCGUUUGGGACUCCUGUAAAGAUCGUUGAAGGUUAA